AUGGACUCAGGAAGAUUAUCACAAUUACUAGCAAACACAUACAUCCCUCCAAAAGGUAAACAGAAGGUAAAUUCAGUGCCACCGUACCACCCAUGUUUGAUUGUUCAGGAUUCACAGACUGAUGUUGGAAAGCCAAAGCCUUGUGGUUGUGCGGACAGCUAUUGCGUAAAGGAUGCCCCUGGAUGGAUUCCAAGGGCCAAAAGAUAG